GUCCAACAGCCUCGUGUCCCCCCCUCCCUCCGCUGCUGCGCUGUUCCCGACUCGCUUUAUUUUACGGCUGCUAGCAAAGGGACGGCGUCAUGGCGAAAACGAAGCAAAGAAAAGCGAAGAGGCUGGCCCUCCGCAAUCACAAGAAGGGGAAAGACGGGGAGCAGUCGACGAAGAGAGAAACGGGGGUCCCCAAUGUCCGACACUUCAAGGAGUGCGCCCAGAGGCAGGCGGAGCUGAGGAAGAAGAGGGUCGAGGAGAUGCAGGAGAAGCAGAGAGCCUCGCGGGAGAGGGAGGUGAUGAAACGGCGCAGUCUUGAGAGCUUCCAGAAAGACGCGCAGAAACGCCAGCGGGAAUUCGAGCACAAGGAGACGGAGCUCAAAAGUUUGGAAAAGAACGUCAACUUUGAAAACGAAACCUCCAGGAAGGCUUACUACAGGGAGUUCAAAAAGGUGGUGGAGUCUGCGGACGUGAUCCUGGAGGUGCUCGAUGCCCGGGACCCGCUGGGCUGUCGCUGCCCACAGGUGGAGCAGGCAGUGGUGCAGAGUGGGACCAGUAAGAGAAUCGUACUGGUGCUGAACAAGAUAGAUCUGGUCUCUAAGGACAUCAUUGAGAAGUGGCUGAAGUACCUUCGGAACGAAUUCCCCACUGUGGCGUUCAAAGCCUCGACGCAGCAGCAGAGCAGAAACCUGCAACGCAGUCGUGUGCCGGUCUCUCAGGCCAGCGCAGAGCUGCUGGGGAGCAGUGCCUGCGUGGGGGCCGAGUGUCUGAUGAAGCUGCUGGGGAACUACUGCAGGAAUCUGGACAUUAAGACUGCCAUCACUGUGGGGGUGGUGGGUUUCCCCAACGUGGGGAAGAGCAGUUUGAUAAACAGCCUGAAGAGGGCGCGGGCGUGCAACGUUGGAGCGACGCCAGGGGUUACCAAGUGUCUGCAGCAGGUCCACCUGGACAAGCACAUCAAGCUGCUGGACUGCCCGGGCAUCGUCAUGGCGACCUCCAGCUCGGACGCGGCGCUCAUCCUGAGGAACUGCGUGAAGAUCGAGCAGCUGCUUGACCCCGUGACCCCCGUGGAGGCCAUCCUGAAACGCUGCAACAAGCAGCAGAUCAUGCAGCACUACGGGGUCCCUGAUUUCCGCACGGCGCUCGAGUUCCUGGCUCUCCUGGCGCGCAGGCAGGGCCGCUUGAAGAAGGGCGGGGUCCCCGACCACGACAAGGCAGCCAAGAGCGUGCUGCUGGACUGGACUGGGGGCAGGAUCAGCUACUUCACGCACCCCCCUGAGAUUCACAGCCUGCCCACCCACGUGAGCGCGGAGAUCGUCAUGGAGAUGGGCAAGGCCUUUGACCUGGAGCAGCUGGAGCAGGACACCCGGGAAGCACUCGCAGAGCUGACGUCUCCCGUCGCUCCGAACGGAAUCUGCAUGCAAUCGGCGGGACUGACCAGCGGAGGCGCUGGCGAGCAACCUACAGAACAGGAAAUGGAGGGCGCGCCGCAGGAAGAGGAGGAGCUACAGGACACCGGAGAAGAGGAAGAGGAGGAGCUUCAAGCAAUGGAGGAAGAAAAAGAUCUGGAGUUUGGUCAGAUGACGGUGCAGAUCAAGGAAGGCCGGUCCCAGAGGCAGAAGGAUCCUGAGGGGGCAGCCAAGCUCCCCAAUCUGCGGGACAUCCUGGGCAUUGACCCCCUGCAGCAGGGUCAGGCUCUGCGGGCCGCUGGCAAGAAACGCAAAAAGCAGCAGAAGAGAGCAGAUAAAAUCGCAACAAAGCUUUCUGACACUCUGACCUCGGCAAUGAAUUUCGAAUUCUCCGACUGACCGGAUCCAGUUUUUUUGGAUGGGAAUCAGACUCCCGCUGCACAGCAGUGUGAUCCGGUCCUGGUUUCACUGGGAGUUUAAUAAUCAGACACACCUGAGCUUGUUAGCUAGACACACUGGGGGCUGAUCAAGCUGGUAGUAAAACCUGGAAUGGAUCACACUGCUGUGCGAUGGGAGUUUUUGAACGGACUGCCGGAAAACAACAGCUAGUCAAUGUAUAAAAAGGACUGCGUUUCCGGAUGGAUGUUUGGGUUUCUUUUGUGAAAUGUGGAUGUUGAAAUAAAGAGCCCGUUUUCUCUCUACCCCUCA